AAUAUAUCAUCCAACAGAAAAACACCGUAUCAAUAUCUAGUUUCACUCCCUAUUAUUUCAAAUAUGGCAUCUCUAAACCUGGGCGAUGAAUCCAACAGGAAGAAAGCCAGCUUGGCAAAGAAGAAUCGACUUCAAGAUGACGACUUGAACGACCCCAGUUCAUCUCCAAAUCCCCGCCCUAGGCAACUGACUCCACCACUUCCGAAGGCUCAAGGUCUCAAAACUCAAGCCUCAUCGACUAGUCGUGGAUGGCUACUGUCACGUUCAAGACGACGCAAGCAACAAUCUACCUUCGACCAAACCCAAUCUCCUCUGUUCGAAAUUCUGCCCGCCGAAGUCCGGCUGCUCAUUUGGGAACAAUAUCUCUCGAGCCGUAUGCUGCAUAUUAUGCGGCCGAACCAGCGCAAAUGGAAACAAUCCCAGAAAGAAAUCGUUGGGAUUUUAUGCAGCGAACAGCGCAACUUCUGUCCAUGUAGUCAUCAUUGUUGGGGACUACUUGCUCGUCGGCCUGUGGGUAAUUGCAUUACACCCAUGGAUUACGGUUCAUAUUACCACAAGAAUUCAAAGUGGAGAUUUGACACGAGAAGAGCCGAUUUUGUGCCACUUUUACAAACGUGCCGGAGAGUAUACUCUGAGGCCAUUGAUAUCAUCUUUCGAAAGAAUAAUUUCCUCUUUAACCACACAGACACGAUUAUCGAUUUUUCAAAUACACUUCUACCACAGCGACUGAGCCUGAUUCGCACUUUGCAUCUCGGUUUUCCGGAUCCUGGUGGUCUAUCUUGGAAUAUAUGUUGCCAUGUUCUCGCUAAUAAGCUACCUGGUUUGAAGAAAUUGACCAUUCAUUUAUAUCCUCACGUGGCAAAGCGCCUGGACGAUUGGCUUAUACCGCUGCAUCAGAUUCAACAACCCGCGGUCUUCGAUGUCCUGCUCAUCAAACCAUGGUAUCUGGAUCCGCAAUGGGAAAAGUCACUUGGGCUUGUUAAUGCACCAUUUCAAUUUUUGAUUACUGAUGUGGAAAGGCGUGGCUUUUUGAAGGCUGUGAGGCCAGACCCUGCUUCUUGGGUCGAGAUUCCUUGA